AUGGAGACGUUGCCACACUCGCCAGUACUGUCGUAUACAAAGCGAAAUGUGCGGAGAUUCUCUCAUCGUCAAGAGGAAGCGAAACAUCGCCGUAGCUGUGUAGGUGAUGAAAUUAGCCCGAUCUCGAUCAUUGAGCGCGAACACGCGUACCAAGGUCGUAGUGAUGUCCCAGUGGAGACUGAGAGCCAUCAGUAUGUUGAUGACAGCUUCGAUCUUCCAAACUUGGAUGCUUUUUCGCCACUUCAUAUGGCACAAGAAACACAGAAGCCGGUGGAGGACGUGUUUGUCGACGCUGCAAAGUUCUUAGAAAAAAAUGAUUUGGGAGGAAGUGCUAGCUUUUCUGAGGACGUUGAGGCACUGGCGGAGUCCCGAUGGGGCCAGACUAACGCCAACGGCCGCCCGAGCGACUUUUUCGAGAGUAGAUCGCGUAAUCUCGAACAAGUAGAACUCUCGUCGCCUCAAAACAUUGACGAUCCUAUGUUUGGUAUCGAUGACGCACCAGAUAAAAGUAAAGAGUCGAAUUUGUACACAUCCAAGCAGCAGUUGUCGCCGGCUGAUCCAACAAAGGGACUUGUACUUUACGACCGUCCUCACCGAAACUCUGAGCUUUCAGGAUCAGGCACAGCUUACUCGUCAGGCUACGACGUACACUUUGAUAACACCAGACUUAUAUUCACACCUAACACGCUGAAACAUCUACAGGAGAAGAGUCGUCUUCGAGGCGCACUAGAAGGGUAUGUCGACCAUGAGUCGAACCGUCACCUCAAAGAUUUUGCUGGUGAAGCAGAGAUAAUAACUAGAAGACUCUCGUCUCUUUCUGAUUUGGAUAUUUCAGAAGGUCCAUCAAUUGAGUACGUGGCAACUUUGCAAAAGGGACCGGGGGUUAUCAAAGAGUCAUUGCGCGAAAUCGAUGUAGUAAUUGACCACUCGAAUCAGAUGGCAUCGUUGAUUUCCAGAAAGAACGAGCAUUGCAUUGAUUCACCGUGUAAAUUUGUUCAAGAAUAUGAUUCACCUCUGGAAUCGAUGCUGCCGUUGUCAAGAACAACUGAUAGUUGGGGAGAAGACGUCUCAGUAAUACAAACAAAUGACGAUGGAAGUCGCCAAAGCCGAGAUUUGGAAUGGCCAUUUAACUUUACUGAAGCCAAUGGCCGUAUGACGAACAGCACUCAAAAACGUAAAUCGCAAGAAUCACCGGAGCUCGUUACAAUUCGGGAGAUGUCAAAAUUGUCCAAGACUGAUCUUACAUUACGAAGGCUACAAAAUUUCGAGCUCGAGACAAACUGUUUACGAGGUGACCUUUCAUGCAACGCCAAUUUGCAGCCGGUUGAAAAAAUAAGAUCUAACGAAACUCUAGACCAUUGUGAUCAAUUGCUGGACGAAGAAGCCGCUUUACAGAAUUUACUUCGUGACAAUUUGUCCUGCUCAAAAGUUGACACUUGUAAGUGUACGAGUGACGAAGAAGGUAGAGAUGUUAUCGAUAGGGCCUCAGUGAAUAUAAACGAUUGCAGACGACAUGAAAGCAAUGAGCGAGUCAAUGAUGAACCAUCAAAAGGAUACCAACAUAAUUUAAGGCGAAGUGGCGUUGAUUCCAGUAGCUCACGAUUAUGUUACAAUGAGAAACUUCAAAGUUCGCAGAGGUCCAAGAGUGUAAAGAGUCAGCGCGGUGAAAUAAGUAAUCAUGACUCGAGAAUCACAGCAGGUUGGGAACAGCCAAAUGCGGAUGAUAGCCAACUGAGCGCGUGCUGUAGAAAACGUCAUGCGGAUAUAGAGACGGCUAUGGUACCACGACGAUGCCGACGACUGCUUUGCUCGAUUGGCGAUAUUAUGACGGAGCAAAUUAUCUUUACAAAUGGAACCGACUCGGUUGGACGUAUUUGUAUCUCACUUCUUCCACUUAGCACAGGGUGCCAACAAUUUAGCGUCUCACCGGCAGUGUUAGAGCUUGGGCCAAAAGCCUCGAAUGCAUUUCACGUCACCUUUAAUGCCCGUUACGCGGGAGCAGUAUCAGGUAUUUUUCAAUUCAGAGGAAUCGGUAUUGAGUCAUUAUUUCAUCCGUAUGAAGUUGUCAUCGAAGCGAGUGUGAAGCGACACAACACCCUUGAAGAUUUAGAAAACACGACACUCAACAUGCACGAUGGAAACUUGACUAAGACCAGUGAACGUGUUCAAGAAUUGCAUACGAACUCAUCUGCUCAGGAUGUGGAAGCGAUUCCUACUUUUAUUCGAUUUGAUCGUAUUCAAAGCAAAGGCACUAAUAAAGUUACUUCAAAAGCAGAGCUACGCUUGUCGAACAAUACGGCUCAGAUGCUGUCGUAUGAGAUACGCACCCCUGAAAAUCUAUGGGUGCGCCCUGCCAAAGGGGUGAUCGAGUCGGCAUCUGAAGUUUACGUUUCGAUCAUUCCAAUUUCUCAGCCGUUCGUUUGUGAUACAAUUAGCAUUGACCCUUCCUCGCAGGUAGAAGACUGGUUUGGAUCGCUAACUGUUAAAGUCGGAAAGUCGUUUUCACGAGAAGUAAGUGUAGUGGUGGACCGACAAGUGCUUCUUACGCUACCUCCGUUUGAUGAAAUUGCUCGGUCUCGGCAUCGACUCUCAUCACAAACUGAUUCAUUUUACUAUACAAAACGUGGGAAGCGAAGAGGAUUGUAUUUUCACGCCAGAGCUGUUGAAUUUGGAUGCUGCAAUGUCGGCGAAUCGCAUGAAGUACCUGUGUAUGUCUGCAAUGGUUCAAACUCACGGAUGACAGUUUUCUUGCAAGAUUUACAAGAUCCCUUUUCAUGUUGUCGGUAA